GAAUUUCGGUCGGGGGAAAAAAAAAAAGCAAAAUUGUUUUCCUAUCAAUUUUUUUAUUGACCAUUUUGUUUAUGUAUAUUCGUGAUUUUAAUUCCCGUUAGCGAUUAUUGUUGUAGCCCGUAGACGUUAAUUAGACAAUUAUGAUAUUGGCCGAGCGUAUGCGAAUACCACCGCUAUCGAUUCGCCGAGUUAGCCUCCACCGAAUCUGAGAAAGAACGUUCAAAAACGGAGGGGUACACGCAAUCAGCUAAACGGUGCAGUAGUUGAUGAUAAUACAUUCAACUGGAAGCCCUGGAAGGUAAAAAAGAUAACGCAAUGGGCAACGCCGCAACGGCUAACAAGAAAGGUGAUUCGGCCGAAAGCGUCAAAGAAUUCCUCGAUCAGGCCAAAGAAGACUUUGAGGAAAAAUGGAAAAAAAAUCCUACCAACACUGCGGCUCUCGAAGACUUCGACCGCAUUAAAACCUUGGGCACGGGCUCAUUUGGCCGAGUGAUGAUUGUACAACACAAGGCUUCCAAAGAAUAUUAUGCGAUGAAGAUCCUCGAUAAACAGAAAGUCGUCAAACUGAAACAGGUAGAACACACUUUGAAUGAAAAAAGAAUUUUACAAGCAAUCAGUUUUCCAUUUCUCGUCAGUUUGAAAUACCACUUCAAGGACAACUCCAAUUUAUACAUGGUGCUCGAAUACGUGCCUGGUGGUGAAAUGUUUUCUCACCUGCGCAAGGUCGGCCGUUUCAGCGAGCCGCACUCGCGUUUCUACGCGGCUCAAAUAGUGCUAGCGUUCGAGUACUUACAUUACCUUGAUCUUAUAUACAGAGAUCUCAAGCCAGAGAAUUUACUGAUUGACUCUCAGGGCUACUUGAAAGUGACUGAUUUUGGUUUUGCCAAACGCGUUAAAGGGCGGACAUGGACUUUGUGUGGUACGCCUGAGUACUUGGCCCCCGAGAUCAUAUUAAGCAAGGGAUAUAAUAAAGCUGUCGACUGGUGGGCUUUAGGUGUCCUUGUAUACGAAAUGGCAGCCGGAUACCCACCGUUUUUUGCCGACCAGCCCAUACAAAUUUACGAAAAGAUUGUAUCGGGUAAAGUUCGAUUUCCAUCACACUUUGGUUCUGAUCUUAAAGAUCUUUUAAGGAACCUUUUGCAAGUGGACCUGACUAAACGUUUCGGUAAUCUAAAGAACGGCGUCAACGAUAUCAAAGGACACAAGUGGUUUGCGUCAACCGAUUGGAUCGCUGUAUUCCAAAAGAAAAUCGAAGCCCCGUUCAUACCUAGGUGCAAGGGACCAGGGGACACGAGCAAUUUUGAUGAGUACGAGGAGGAAGCGUUGAGAAUCUCUUCAACGGAAAAAUGCGCCAAAGAGUUUGCCGAGUUUUAGACAACGUCAAAUUUGUUUUGCCAAUUGUUUGUGAACGAACACUUAUGCCUGUGUAUGUAUUUUUUUAAAAAUCUAACUCUAACUGAUAUUUCAUUUUUCGUGCGGAGUUCAGGGUAUGUUUCCCGGAGUUAGCAGCAUCUAAAUUAUAACAACUUGUACUUAACUUACAGCUAAUAGGUUUUUCUUUAGUCUUGAACGGUGUCAGAUAUUAUAUAUGAUUUAUAAAUUUAUUUUAAAAGAAUAUAUAUAUAUAUAUAUAUAUAUAGCUUUACUCAUCUACUUAUUUAUUACACAACAUAAAUGUCGUAAUUUCAUCAAUGUUGUUUUCUUUUUCAUUUUUAAGGAGCACAAUCUAUAAAAACAUAUUCUUGUUACCAAUUUUACUAUGUUUAGAUUUUUAACGUGUAUAAUCAAUGAAAAAAAACUUAGUUUAAAUGAGCAUAAAGA